AUUUUCCAUCGGUAGAAAAUAGUCAUCUUGUGGCGUGCGAACGAAAGCACCUCUUAGCAGCAGCAGCAACCGUUGCAACCGCCACCGACAUGUCGGUACGGUCGCCGAACUGUCAUCCAGCGCUCUGCGUGCCGCUGGUCCACUUCUUGUGCCACUGAGAGGGUUGGAACCAAGCGCUUUUGGUGAAGGAAGGAAGAUACAGUGUGCUCUAUAAGGCGCGGCAGUAGAAUAAAUCGUCCGGCAGGAAAAGUGAGGAACACACAGUGUCCUGGUGCGAUCGGCGUGUUUGUGUGGAGUGAACCGAUACACACAGUCGUUAGGCUUGGGUGGUGCAGACUUGCAAUUAGCAGAUUGAAGCCAUGAAACCACCGAGCAUUGACAUGUCAUCAGCAGCAGCCACUAACAGCAGCAGCAGCAGCAGCAACACGAUCCGACCAUCGCCGGCAGCAACAUCCUCACCGACGAUAGCGAAUUCUAUUGUACAUAGUAGUACUAAUGUAGCCAGCGGCAUAAGCGGAAUGGUGGGCCCCGGUGUAGGCGGGUCUAACAGUAACAGCAGCAGUAGCAGUAGCACGACAACACCAACACAUACCGCCACGGGAGUUGUGCCAGCAGCAGCUGGUGCGGCAACGGCGGCCGCCAACAACAGCAGCAGCAGCGCGGGAGCCAGUCCGAGCUGCUUCAUCAAGCCAUCGCUUUCGCUCAACUCGCUGCCACCGCAGGGACAUCCCGAAGGCUCGGAGAUGGCACAGCACAGGCUGCGUAUCGAUAGGCCUUACAAUAGUUUAAAGAAGAAACGUGACACAGAACGGGAACUGUGGCGACGGUCGUGGGGCAGCGGGCACAGCCACAGCUCGUGCAGCCUGCAGAGCAGCACCACCAACACCGGCCUCGGCAAGGACGAUUUCUGGGCGGCCUUGCAGACGAACUACAACUUCAUCAUGGACACCAACCUGCUCGACAGCUGCCGGGAGGCGCGGGGCGAAAUCGAGGGCACCGUCUGCCGGGACGACCUCGAGGACGAUGAUGUCAACUGUUGCCGAAAGGCACUGUUCAAACCAGCACAAACGCACCGCUUCUACGGCGAUCCGCGCUUGCUGCGCCAGUGGAUCAAAGAGAUGGAGAACCGAGUGGCCAGAGUACCGUCGGUAACGGAAACCAAGAGACUGAGAAUCGAGCAGCUGCAGAAGCUGGCAGUAGAGCACGGGGAAAUUUAUCGCGAAAUCAAAUCGAACUCCCGGGCAGUAGCAGCUUGCAUUCGUAGCUACGAACGUGACCGAAAGUCUGCCUCGUCCGCAUCCGGCAAGGGUUCCCUGACGCCGGACGUCGAAGCAUCGCUCGGUGGCGGCAGCAGCAACAGCAACAGCACCAGUGGCCAUAAUAAUAAUAAUAGUAAUAGUAGCGUAGCACCGACCGCUGACGGCAAGGGCAAAGAGAACGGUGGAGGAGGCGUGAAAGGAUUAGAGCGGCGCUACCAUCUGCUCUACCUGAAAGCGUUCGAGAUACAGUGCCUUUUGGAGGGUUUGUUGGACAGCAAGACUUCGAGCUCGGACAACAACGCUAGCCUGUCGGACACGGAUGAGGAGCCGGCCAACAAGCUAGCCCGUGUCAGCAGCUCCAGCAUCAAAUCUCAGGGUUCUAAUCACAACGACACAUUGAAUAAUGAAGAAUGGGUUAAGGUAAAGAAGCUGUCCAACGCUGGUUUCGAUGCCGAUUCUGAAGGCAGCGAUAGUGAAAUUGUGCCGAAAAUCAUUGCCUACAGUGGAGCGACAGUGGGCAGCAGCGCCUACAACAAUACUAGCAGCGGCAGCGCCAGCAGCCAGAAGCAGCAGGAGGAAGUUCAGUACCACCCGGGUAGCGGGGGCAUUUUAACUAGCAGCAGCGCAGUAGCACCAUCAUCCUCACCGAGCUCGGGUAAUCUUAUGAUGGAAGCAGACAUCAACAACCUAUCGACGACGACGACACUUUCCGAUGCCACGACACUGACGCAGACCAGCAGCACGAACGGAGCCACCGAAGUCGCCGCCCUCGCCGCGACCGUGCUGAAGGAGAACAUUCUCAACAACAACAACAACAACAACACAACGAUCGAGAGCGAAAAGUCACUGCUGAUCGGGUCGUGCGAUCUGGUCGAUGGAGCCGCCCCACUGCUCAGCAGCACCGGACUCGAUGUGGUAAACAAUAAUGCGAGCGUGAACGGAGCAGCAAUCGUGCCGAAGGAGCGUCAAGCCGGCAAGGGAUCCCUGCGCAACGCGAAAUCAUCCUCCCCGAUCGGCGGUUCGUCUGGCAAGCAGAAGCGGUCGAAGGUGAGCGACUCGUCGAAGUUUAACCGCUCCAAUCGCAAGUCGAAGAAUUGCGCCACGUUUUACUUCAAACAUCUCGACACGGACUCGGAGCUGAACAAGGAUUCGAGCGAGCGGACCAAAUCGGACGAAUCGUCCUCACCCGGUACAUCGUCGCCCUCUGCGUCCUCUUCUGAAGGGGACGACGAGUGGGUGUACAACAACGGUGGCGGUGAGGAAGAGGAGGAAGAAGACGACGAUGAUCUGCUAGCGGUGCGGAAGCGUGCGGAAGCGGCUCGCGAGGCCGGCGAAGAGGAGGAGAAGGAAAACAAACCGGCGGACCGAGGUGGUGAUAAGCAUCAGCGGGAGGAGCUUGUGGCGUCGACCGGUGCCUUAAAGAUGACGGCCGGGCGGGAACCGAAGUCGAAGAAGUGUUUGGACUUUUCGCGCGAUGCGUCCCAGAAGGGUGGACAGGCGGCGAGUACGACAAACGGGCGCAGCAAUGGUGGGGGAGGACGGUCGCUGAUGAUGACGUCGAUUGGCAGUUUCGGCAAGGGCACGGAGAGUGUCAACGGCGGUACCAAGGGAUCGAAGUAUGCAACCAGCUCGAUCCAAAGGUUAGUGCUGCAUGCCGAAACGCUGGUGCGUGACGAAAUUUUCGCCAAAAACGCGGCUGCAGCUGCGGCGGCGGCGGCCGUGGCCGGUGGCAGUACGCCCAAAACGGUGGUGAAAAAUCCCCACUACUAUAAUCACCAUCACCACCAUCAUCAUCACAACUACAGUGCUAACAAUAGCAGCAGCAACAACAGCAGCAGCAGCCACCACCAUCCCGUGCUGCCGGUGGGGCUGAUUGCCGUCGAAACGGGGGCGAACCGGCACGGUGCUGCCAGCACCGCUCACAGUCAGCAUCACCAUCACCAUCACCAUCACGGUCACGGUCGAAAGGCGGAGAAAGCCAUGAGCAAUCUGAAGAUGAAUCUAAUCGAGGAAUGGCUUGAAAAGCAACCGCUAGACGCACCGGUGUCGGCACCACUGCUGCCAGCCUCCGCACCGACGACCGACUGUGAAGCGUCGGGCGAGUACACCGACUCCGAUUCGAUCGCGCGCGACACGGACAGCUCGGAGGGGCUGGCCAACUCGGUCGCCACCUGCCUGCAGGGCGAGCAGACGCAAACGUCCCAGGAGCUGCUGAACGACGGCACGUCCUACCCGUCCGAGAACUCGAACGAUGACGAGGGCGUCGCCACCAAUUCGAAAGGCGGAAGCAGCGGCACGGCUGCCGCCACCGCCACCGGGGGAGCCGGUGGAGCCGGCGGUGUAACGGCCGCCAGCUCGAGCCCUUCGCUCUCGACAUCGGCCGUGCAUGGCAGCGGUGGAGCAGGCAGCGUGUCGACGGUAGUGAAGCGUAGACCGCACCGAUCCGCCACCGAUCGACCGUGGUCGGUGUCGUGCAUGUCGCAGCUGAACGCAUCGAGCGUGGAAAUUAACCAGUACGGUGGCGGUGGAGGUGGUGGUGGUGGGGGCACGAGCGGACCGGACAGUGCCGGUGGCAGUGGCGGUGGCGGCAACGACGACCGCAAGCAGCACAGUGGCAGUGGCGGUGACGUCGGUGCCGGUGGCAGCAAUGACAGUGGCAACCGACGACCGCUGACGGACCACCGCAACUACUCGAUCAGCGAAUCGGCACUGAACACGAUGGCCCGGGCCGGCAGUGGCUCGUCGAUGGUUGGAUCCCGCGGCAGCAUGAAGCCAACCUCCAGUCAGCAGACCGUCGUGCGCAACGCCGAAAGCAAGGGUUCGCUCAAGAAGCGCAAGCUGCGUCCGCGUCGCAAGAAUCGCAUUGAUGAGUCGGGCUCGGACGAAUCGCAACCACCGCACCACAGCUCGUCCACGUUGCAUCUGCUGCAGCAGUCGCUGCUCCUACAGUACAACGCGCUCGCCGCUGGCAGCGCGCAACCGCUGCGCGAGAUACAACUGUCCGGGACGGGCGGCAGCAACAGCAGUGUGGCGGGCGGUGGCGUUAUUGCCUCCAGCCGACGGUUGCUAAAGUCGGAAUCAUUUUCCGGCCGGCUGCGGCUAUCCGACGAUCUGCUUACGCUGUCCUCCCUGUCCGGUUCUUCCUCGCGCAAGUCGUCCUCGGUGCGGCAAACGACCACGGCAGCAGCCCGUUCGUCGUCCAAGCGUUCGCAGGACAGCGAGGAAGAGUUCGGCUGCGCGAUGGCGAAGCCCGAGUUCCGCAUCGGCUCACUGACGCGCACCCGGUGCGGCAGUCUCAAUCUAGGAUCAUUAGCGGCGCUCGCUAAUUAUAAUCUAGAUGGUGUGGAGAAGGCGGAAACCGACCUGAACGGAACCGGCACGGGCACGGAGGAGAUGAGCAGCUUCUCGGAGCAGGCGUGGGACAACUACCAGGAGAAGUACAUGUCCGAACCGUACUCGGAGGACCGGGAUACGGAUGCGGCCCGCCGGCUGCUCGACUUUGGCGACGACUAUCGGAACUUUAUCGAUUCGCAGUCGGACUGUGCGUCGUCGUCGCUGUCGGCGGCCAAUAUGGAUUCGCUGUCGCCGCCACGGUUCCGGCUCAAGUCGGAAUCGGCGAAUAAGUCGGAGACGAACGCGAACUCGCUCAAUCGCCGCAAGCGAUUGGACGAGUACCGGAUGGAUGAUCGAUAUGGCAACAACAUGAACUCCUGGUCCAGCAAAUCGGGCAGCCCGCCCCAAUCGACCAGCAACAUCAGUGGACGAAAGAAUGGUUCGCUCUCCUUCCUCGAGGGAACGCCACUCGCACCGAUGGCUGAAUCGAGCGGCAACAGCAGCGGGUUGAACGGAUUGUUGAGCGCUGGAGGUGUCGGCGGUGGUACGACAAGCGGCGUCCGACGCCGUUCCCUACGCUCCGUCGACAAGCACAACUCGUCGGCCGCGUUCGUUCGGUCGAUGUCGCACGAAACGAGCAGCAGCUCGAACAACGAGUUCGACGAGGACAUGGAGGCCGAGGUGAAGAAGCUGCUGAUCCAGAGCAAGAUCCGGUUCGCCAACACCGAGGCGCUGAAGGCCAAGUGCCACCUGCUGAAGCCGGACGACUACAGCGAAAUCAUUACCACCUGCCGGGAGAACGUGCGCUGCCUGGAGUCGGUGCUACGCUGCCAGCCCGGAACAGUGCUGACCGCCGCCAAGUGCCAAGAUUUACGAGAUACAAUCGUCUGCUGGGAAGGGCUACUGAACUGGAGCGAGCGGCGCGUCAUCAGCAACCAGUUCCUGGACGAUAUACGCGCGCUGAAGGACGUCCUGGAGGAGCUGGGCAGCAAGACGUUCAACAUCUGCUCGGAGUCGCACAUCCAGCUGGCGAUCGAUCAACUGAAGAAUGAGCACAAAGUUCUGCAGAACCAACGGCCAAAGAUGCUCACGCUGAACGCAACCGUACACAACUGGGUGUCGAACCAGGAGCAGCAGCGCAAGGAGCUGCUCGACUCGUCCGUCGACGCCCGGCUGGAGCAGCUGGAACGGGACAAGAACUUUGACCGCUGCAUUGGGGGCCACUGUGGCGAAUGCUACGACUGUCUGAACGAUAUCCGCCUGGAUACGUCGGUCAAUCGCGAGCUGAAGUAUGGCAUCACCACCCUGUACAGUACCUGGGAUGAGGCGGAAGUGCGACUAAGAAACCGCAUCGAAAAUCUGACCACCUCCAUGAUGACGUGGAAGCAGCUGGAGGAUGGUUUGAGCGAUUUCCGCAACACGCUGGACCGGGACCGGGGAAAACUUCAAGGCAUUGAAGGCGCCCUCCAGAGUGGCGGCGGCACUACCGAGGAGAUCGUGAACAGUGUGAAGGAGGUCGUGAAGGCACUGUCGGAGAAGGUGGAUCCACUCUUCCAGCAGCAGCAGCAGCAACAGAACGGUGCUAUCGAGUCGUCCGGAGCGUUUCAGCAGCAGCAGCUGGAGUCGCCUCAGGAGAACCUGCAGCAGCUGCUGGUGCCGGCGCUCCCGGCCUGCGUUAAGCUCUCGUCGAACGGUUCUCUGUCUGACAGUGGCAUUUCCGACGGUGGCGGCAUGUCUGACGGCAGCCUGUCGGAGCGCGAGCGGCGGCUGAACGCGCUCAAGCGGCUAGUAAAGCAGCUCGAGGUAGCGCUCGCGCCCGGCAGUGACGCGAUGCAGACGAUCACGAAGCGGCUCGAAAUGGCGGAGCACGAUUUGCGCUCGCUGCAGAGCACGUGCCGCAAGAUCAUCAUGAGCGAGAAGAACCAGCAGGAGCAGCGGCUGCAGGCAACGCAGCAGGACCGUCCGGCUGGCCGGGACUCGGCCGACGGGAACAACAACAACAGUGCGGCGGUGAAAAACAAGAACAAGAAAUCACCCUCGCGCAAGAAGCAUCGAAACGGCGGACAGAACCGCAGCCAGUCAAACACCUCCGCCGAAGCGACGGAAAACGAAGACGACGAGCACUUGCUGCAGCAGCAAAAGCAGCAGCAGGAGGAGCUGCAGCGUGAGCAUCUGCUGGCGAUGCAGAAAACGGGCCAGCUCGGCAUUGUGCAAACGACCAAGAUGAAGCUGUCGCAGAACCGGUGGGUGUGGCGCAUCACCAAGAUCGCCGUGCCCGUCCAGCUGGCCCUGGUGCUGGUGAUGUGUGCCGCCUGCUUCUUCGAGCCGCACUGCUGCGACGCGCUCAACACCUACUCGAUGAGCCUGACGCCCCAGCUGCGCUACAUGAAGGGACCACCGCCGAUUUAAUGUGGGAGCAAAAUUGAGGUGAACAUCCGCGGCAAUAGCCCACCGUAUGACGGUUGCACCAUAGAGGCGUUCGCACCAGGGGGGGCGGGGCUGUCAUGAGAGGGUGCGAUUUUAAGUAAUUGGAUAGAUUUUUUAUAUCCUGGAGAUAUAACACACGCGCGCCCGGUUGUUUAGUUACUAUAUUACUACACCUGGCCCUCCCCUGGACCUGGGAGUGGGCAAAAAACAGGGAUCCAGGGUUCACAAACCCUUCCUUCGCUUCCCCCGGGGAAGCAUUGUGGUGUAUAAUCUUACUCUUUAAUAUUUUGUUUCUGCAAUUUCGUUCUUCCUAACGUUCAUAAUCUUGUCAUCGUUUCGUGCGUAAGUUUACGCUAUACGUAUUUACACAUAUUUACACAUAUGCAUAUUUUUUUUUGUACAGGAAAGUACGCCAAUCUUAGUAUUUUAAUCUGUUUUUCUUCUUCAUUUUUCUCUCCCUUUACUUUACCUUACUCCCUACUUAGAGCUUAUAUUUAUUAGAGCGUUUAGCUUCGAAUCAAAUGUACAAUACUAUUCGACCGCAGCACACGGGGUCGAUCGGUUCGUUUAGUGAUGUUAUUUAAUCGUAAGCGCAUCGUGUAAGAGAGCAAUUUAGUAUGCAUUAAUGAACCUUAUUUUUUUUCGAUUUUUGAGUUAGUUUAUCAGUCGGCCGUUAUUAGCCGACGAUUCGAAUUGUAAGUUUUCGUUUCAAUUUUGUUCUAUACUUUCAAUUACCAAUACAAAGAUAGCUACGAACGUUAGUGUGGCUUCAUCUUCCGCUACUUGUUACUUGUACCGAGAUAAAUAACUACUAACAAUUUAAAUUGUAAGUUUACCUCUAACGGAAGCAAAAACAAAACCUCCUUAAACUUAAAAGCUACGCUAUUUGGUGCGAAGCUACGAAGCCGCUGGUUAUAGCAUACUUAACAAACAGCAACGAAUCGAAACCAUACAGUGCCUUGUAACAGCAGAAGCGAACGUUACGGUUGCAAUGCAUAAAGGUGCGUUGAUUCUCUACCCCCAAAAAUCGCGCUUGCCAACAGCAACAACUCGGCAAAAGACUGUUUUUGUAGCGAAAAGGUGAGUGCUGCUGCUGCUGCUGCUGCUGCUGCUGUUGGUUUGGCUUUCCAUCUCCAGUGAUAAUAGCAGUUCCAUUAAAACCGAAAAAAGUAGUUAGAGAAGAGAGAGGAUGGAUAAACAAACAAAAAAAACGGUGUGUGUACCACACACUGACACGUCGGUUGAGUGUUUUCGGUCGGUCGGUCAGUCGCUCGCUACUUAUAUUGCCUUCACGAAUUGUAAGAUGAUUUGUUUUUUUCGUUUUUGUUUCUGUAAGAACUCUGCGCCUCGGCACACAGCACUGCACCGAGUAUUUUGCUCUGUACUUGUAUCUUCCUCCUGAGGCAUGCGUCCUUAAUUUGUAUAUUUUGUCGAAGUAAAAAAAGCAGAAAAGAAGUGUAUUAGGAGGUCACCAUAAGCGUGCGGUGUCGAAGUUUCGUGAACACAGGUUUCUUACGUACGCAAACUACCCCACUACUAUCUUACCCCGGUGUAAUAUGUUGUUCGUGGACUAGUUAGUUUACCUUUAGCCUUUUGCGUUCGAGAAUUGAGGGGCACGUGGCCUUUACCGUGUCUCAUCUUUAUUCCGGUUCAUUCCUUACUCUUGAUUGUUAGUGCACAAAACAUUUAAAAAAAACGAUGGAAAGCGAAGCUAAAAGCAAGCAAGAAAUCCGACAAAUAGGAGAUAAGGAAUUGGAUUUGUAAGGAUCGCGCCCUAACGCGCUUACUUCCGGUAAUACAUACAGACAUAAGUGCGUGAGAUUUGAGGCAAGGCAAAUGAUGUUAGGAGGUUUAUAUUUUAUCGGAACAAGAGCUUAACAGCGAAGAGUGCAAUUUUCAAUUGUUUCUCGAUUCAUCUUUCUCUUCCUUCUCCUUUUUGAGUAGGGACGGGACAGGCUCCCGACGUGCGCGGGCCGAUGCACCAAGAAAGCAAACAAAACCGCAAUCGCCAGAACACAAACAAAAACCAAUAUAUAUGCAAUAGAGACACGAAACAGCAGAAGGUGGAGAAUAAAUUUUACAUUUUCCUACAAUCGAA